AUGGCGAAAGUAACUCACAUCAAGAGUGAUAAAAAGCCGGAAACCGAUAAAACUGGAAAAGCAGAUGCAAACGUCGAGCUCGGUAUGCUCGAAGAAGAUGACGAAUUUGAGGAAUUUGUUGCCCAUGGUCUUACAGGUGAUGUUAAAUCAGAGGAGAUUACUGUUUGGGAAGACAACUGGGAUGACGAUGUAGUUGAUGAUGAAUUCACGCAUCAGUUGAGGACCGAGUUCCAAAAGCAACACAAGACAUUCGUUGUUCCCGAAAUAUUCCCCAACAUGGACUGA